UUCCAACAACCUUGUUAGGCUGUUAAGUCACGUAUCUGAUCUCUCUCCUCUUUUGCAUGUUGCUGAAAUUAUAGCCCGAAAGUUUGUAUAUUUAACCUUAAAGUUCUUGAACUUGCAGCACUUUUCAUUUCAUUCAAACAUGUUGUCUUGUGGAGGAGAAAAUGAAGGAUCGCAGAGGAGAAAUAUAGUGUCGUGUUUUCGUCUGGUUGAGCCUGAGGAUCCACCACGCGCCGCCGCCGCGGUGAUGCCGACUCUUGGACAGUUUUUGAAUUAUUACGGUGACGUUCGGAAGGAGGAAUCCGGUGAUGGUGGUGACACGCCGGUGCAACACGCGCUUGAUAUGACAGACGUCGGACUCGAGGCACAGUCGCUGCCUUUCGUGUUGUCAUUCAGUAACCUAACUUACAGCGUGAAGGUUCGUCAGAAAAUGAGCUUCUCGAUGCUUUUUCCCAAGUUGAAGGGAACGGCCAUGGCCGACGACAGCAGAACUAAGACUCUGCUAAAUGAUAUCUCCGGCGAGGCACGCGAUGGAGAGAUACUCGCAGUUAUGGGAGCUAGUGGUUCUGGGAAAUCGACUCUGAUUGAUGCCCUGGCAAACAGAAUUGCCAAAGGAAGUUUGAAAGGAAGAGUGACGUUGAACGGCGAGGCGUUAGAAUCGAGGCUUCUGAAAGUGAUAUCCGCGUAUGUAAUGCAAGACGACCUUCUCUUUCCGAUGCUCACAGUGGAAGAGACUCUGAUGUUCGCAGCUGAUUUCCGAUUGCCUCGCGCACUCUCAAGAUCCAAGACGAAGAUGCGAGUACAAGCUCUGAUCGACCAGCUCGGUCUCAGAAACGCCGCCAAAACCGUCAUUGGCGAUGAAGGCCACCGCGGGGUGUCCGGCGGUGAACGACGGCGUGUCUCUAUCGGCAUUGACAUAAUCCACGAUCCCAUCAUCUUGUUUCUCGAUGAACCAACCUCAGGGCUCGAUUCCACGAGCGCUUACAUGGUUGUGAAGGUCUUGCAGAGAAUCGCCCAGACCGGAAGCAUCGUGAUCAUGUCUGUGCACCAACCCAGCUCUAGAAUCCUCGGACUCCUUGACAGAAUGAUCUUCUUGUCACGUGGACAAACAGUGUUCAGUGGCUCACCCAUGCAACUUCCGAUCUUCUUCUCCGAAUUCGGACACCCAAUACCAGAAAACGAGAACCGAACCGAGUUCGCUCUGGACCUGAUUCGCGAGCUCGAAUCCUCACCCGGUGGAACAAAAAGCUUGGUCGAGUUCAACAAGUCGUGGCAGGGCAUCAUGAGUAACCCUAGAAUCAACCACUGUAAGAUCAAUCAGAAUGAUUUGUCUCUGAAAGAAGCGAUUAGUGCGAGCAUCUCGAGAGGGAAACUAGUCUCUGGUGGGGCGACAACAAACAGGUCCAACAAUGUAAGCCCAACUUCCAUGGUUCCAACGUUUGCGAAUCCAUUCUGGGUUGAAAUGAUGAAGCUUUCGAGAAGAUCAAUCACGAACUCACGUAGAAUGCCGGAGCUAUUUGGGAUUCGAUUGGCUGCGAUUUUGGUAACUGGGUUUAUUCUCGCAACCAUGUUUUGGCAAUUAGAUAAUUCACCAAAAGGGGUUCAAGAAAGACUCGGCUUCUUCGCCUUCGCCAUGUCUACCACCUUCUACACCACCGCCGACGCACUUCCGGUGUUCCUCCAAGAACGAUAUAUUUUCAUGAGAGAAACUGCUCACAACGCUUACCGCCGAUCAUCCUAUCUCAUAUCCCACGCGCUCGUAUCACUACCCGCACUGCUCAUCCUCUCACUCGCUUUCGCAGCGACGACGUUUUGGGCGGUGGGUCUCGACGGCGGAUUAUCAGGCUUCUUGUUUUACUUCCUCGUCAUCUUCGCUUCGUUCUGGGCCGGAAACUCCUUCGUCACCUUCCUCUCUGGCGUAGUACCUCACGUGAUGCUUGGUUACACAAUAGUGGUUGCUAUCUUAGCUUAUUUCUUGUUGUUCAGUGGGUUUUUCAUUAACAGAGACAGAAUCCCAAGUUACUGGAUUUGGUUUCAUUACUUGUCUCUGGUGAAAUACCCUUAUGAAGCUGUUUUGCAGAAUGAGUUUGAUGAUCCAGUGAAGUGUUUCGUGAGAGGGGUUCAAAUCUUUGAUAACACACCACUUGGGGUGGUUCCAGGUUCCAUGAAAUUGAAGCUAUUAGAGAGCUUGAGUAACACCUUGGGGAUGAACAUCACGAGCUCAACAUGCUUGACCACUGGUUCUGAUAUAUUGCAGCAGAAUGGGAUUACACAGUUGAGUAAGUGGAAUUGCUUGUGGGUCACAGUGGGUUGGGGAUUCUUGUUUAGGACUCUGUUUUACUUCUCGUUGUUGUUGGGAAGUAAGAACAAGAGGAGGUAAUGACGAUGAUAAAAUCAUGGCUUUGGGAUUCUUUCUUUCUUUUUUUUUUUUAUUGUUACGUUUGUAAUUUGUCUUGUAAUAAGUGUUCAUGAUCCGGUACGAGAUUACCAAGUUGUAAUAUUCAUUUGAAUUAGUUAACAUGAACAAUUAUUUAUUACUUGCUUUGGCAUCCAUCACAAUAUUACUUCAAUUGAUUAAGAAAAAUGGUUCAGCGAAGCGUGAUACUAUUUUAUUUAAAGUUUAA